CAAGGGAAAUACCAUUCAUGUCAAUACUCCAAAAUGCAGCCACCGCCGAGGAAGGUCAAAGUGACACAGGAGCUGAAAAACACACACACGGAUCAGAUGACAAGACUGCACUUUAAACACCAGACUGAAUGUGACCUGCUGGAAGACAUGAGAAGCUACAGUCUGAAGAAGGGACAGCUGGAGAGAGACUAUGCACAGGCACUGCAGAAGUUAGCCAGUCAGUAUUUAAAGAGGGACUGGCCUGGAAUCAACCCCGAUGACCAGAGAACAGACUACAGGAAUGUGUAUGCAGUGUGGAGGUCUUACUUAGAAGGUACAGUGCAGGUGAGCCAGUCCAGGCUCAAUGUGUGUGACAACUACAAGAGUCAGGUUUCAGAGCCUGCUAAGACUGUUAGACUCUACAAGGAACAGCAACUCAAAAAGACCAUAGAUCAGUUGAGUGGCAUCCAGGCAGAGCUGCAGGAGUCGGUGAAGGAGUUGGCCAAAGCCAAGAAGAAAUACUACGACUCUGAGCAGGUUGCCCACGCUGUACGAGAGAAGGCUGAUAUAGAGGCCAAGUCUAAAUUGGGUCUAUUCCAGUCAAGAAUUAGUUUACAGAAAGCAAGUGUAAAGUUGAAAGCGAAGAGAAGUGACUGUAACUCCAAGGCAACACAAGCCAGGAACGACUACUUGCUAACACUAGCUGCUGCCAACGCUCACCACGACCGCUACUACCAUACAGAUCUACUGCACUGCAUACAGGCCUUGGACGGCAGGAUCUACGAGCAUGUAAAAGACUACCUGGUAGCGCUGUGCCGUACUGAGCUAGAAGCCUCGCAAGCAACACACAACACCUUCCAGUUCCUGUUGGACAAAUCCACCAGGAUAAUACAGGAGUUCAACCAGCAGUUGUUCAUGCAGGAGAACCCAGUGUUUCACAAAGCACACGACUUCCAGUUCCAGCCCAGCGAGUGUGACACGAGUCGUCAGCUGGAGUCGGAGACCGGGACGACAGAGGAGCACAGUCUGAACAAGGAGGCCAGGAAAUGGGCGACCAGAGUGGCCCGAGAACACAAGAACAUCAUACACUACAAGAGAUCUCUGGAGGAGUGUGAGAGCCAUGGCCUGCCUCCCACAGAGCAGGGCAGAGCAGAUCUGGAGAUGAAGAUAGAAGACACCAAAGAAAACAUACGGAAAGCUGAGACAAUAAAGUUGAAAGCGGAGGCUCGGUUGGAUCUUCUGCGGCAAGUGGGGGUUGCUGUGGAUACCUGGCUGAAGAGCGCCAUGAACCAGGUGAUGGAGGAGCUAGAGAAUGAACGUUGGGCCAACUACACUUCCCAUGAUCCCUCACUGUCGGGCACAGUGGACUUGGAGCGCGAGGAGGGUGAGGAGUGUGAAGAAAACAUGGAGGUUUUUGACGACAGCAGCUCCAGUCCCUCAGGAACCCUCCGCAACUAUCCUCUAACCUGCAAGGUCCUCUACUCAUACAAGGCUUCUCAACCAGAUGAAUUAACUAUUGAUGAACAGGAGAUGUUGGAAGUCAUUGAGGAUGGAGACAUGGAGGACUGGGUUAAGGCUCGCAAUAAGACGGGCCAAGUGGGCUAUGUCCCUGAGAAAUACCUGCAGUUCCCCACUUCCAACAGUCUACUGAGUAUGCUCCAGUCUCUGGCUACACUUGACGCUCGAUCACACACCUCAUCGAAUUCAACUGAGCCGGAGCUGCACUCUGGCUGCAUCAACGGAGACACAAACAUGGUGUAUGUGCGUGCACUUUAUGAUUACGAAGGCCAGGCAGAUGAAGAACUCUCCUUCUCCGAGGGAGCCGUGAUUCGCCUUCUGAGCCGCGACACUCAGACAGACGAUGGCUUCUGGGAGGGGGAGCUUAACGGACGGGUGGGUGUCUUCCCCUCCGUGUUGGUAGAAGAUCUCACAGAGAAUGGAGAGAACAGUGGAGGAGGGACGGGUGACAUACAGAUCUCUCCAUCUUUGAAGCUUCCAUCUUCGCUCCCGCAUCUUCCGUUGUACGACCAACCUCCCAUCAGCCCUUUCACCAGCCCCGAGACCUCCACCCCACCUCCUCUUCCACGUUCACCCUCCGCCGCACUCAAUGGGGAGCACAAGCCUCCAUUGCCGACCUCGUCACACAAGGGACCGAAAGCCAACCACAAUCAAAGUUCUGGCAGGAGUCCAGUGUCUCCAGGAUUUCCUCAGACUCAGCCGCUUCGAUUCACUCCCGAAGGAGGACCGGGCAAACUACGACCUGUACGCGCUGCUCCUCCUCCACCCAAACAGCACUCCCGCCGACAGCAGGAGAAGAGCGACAAGACAGAGGAGGUGGAGAUCACGCUGGUGUGACAGACAGACAAGCUGGCAGGCGGUUAUAGACACACACACAAUAUAAACAGAUGACAGACAGACGUAUUCUACACGCUGGGGAAAACUAACCUGCUCUGAACUGAACUGAGCUUAAAUAAAGUGAUGUGAAGUAAACUGAACUGAACCACG